CCAUAGAGCUUUGCUUUUCUGCAUUUUGGUUCUGAAUUAAGAAACUAAUUAACUGUAACCUGACUUCAAUUUGUAGGACAGAGAAACUCAAUUCAUAAAGACAAGCCAUCAACUUUGGGAUGAAUAAUUCAUUGUAAUAUUUGGAAAGUAAAUGUUUUGCUUUGUCUUUCUCUUCUUUGCAGUCUUGCAAAUGAUAAUAUGGAUAAUGAAUCUUUCCUGGCAUAUAAGUUUUUAUAGAAAAUCUUUGCUUCCUUUCAUAAAACUAAGUAGUCUGAGACAUUCUCCGAGGGAUGGUAUCCAUUGCUGAGGUGUAUUUUGUGUUUUGUAGAUUAAGAGGUGAAUAUUAGAUGAAGCAGGGAUAGGAAACAAAGUUUGUGUACUAUUCUGUGCCCAUUCGCCUUCUGUUUGGUGAAUAAUGGAACUGCUUGUUCAUUCCCUUGUGCUCUCCAGCACUGAUCUGAUCUAUCAGUGUUUAGAUAAUCUUCCAUUCAGCUGCAGUGUAAGGCUCAGUUUCCGUUAACCCUUUUAUUUAUCGUUAUCCUUUGUGUACCUAAGCUUUUCUGGGGGAGAAAUAGGGAGGCAGUCUCUAUUUUUUUUUCUGAAGUGGAAUCAAUUUCUUCUACACCUGCAUUCUCUAUUUCUUCACUCUUCAGCAGGGACUCUUCUUGUCCUAAUUCAAAAGAUUUGGAAGAAAGAGUCCCAAUGGCUUCUAUCAGAUUAGCUUUGGUUUAGCAGUCUCUGUAGCUGAAAAGAUAUGGUGGAAUAUAUCAUCCAGAGCAGAGAGAAAGCAACCAGUGAGAUGAACACUGCAGAGGACUGGGGCCUGAUCUUAGACAUCUGUGAUAAAGUUGGACAGUCACGCACAGGGCCUAAGGACUGUCUCCGUUCUAUUAUGAAGAGAGUGAACCAUAAAGAUCCGCAUGUUGCUAUGCAAGCAUUAACACUUCUAGGAGCAUGUGUUUCAAACUGUGGUAAAAUCUUUCAUUUAGAAGUCUGUUCAAGAGAUUUUGCCAGUGAAGUAAGCAAUGUGUUGAAUAAGGGUCAUCCAAAAGUUUGUGAAAAGCUGAAAGCCCUUAUGGUGGAAUGGACUGAUGAAUUCAAGAAUGACCCACAGCUUAGUUUAAUAUCUGCUAUGAUAAAAAAUCUUAAGGAGCAAGGAGUUACUUUUCCAGCUAUUGGUUCACAGGCUGCUGAACAGGCAAAAGCAAGUCCUGCUCUAGUUGCCAAAGAUCCUGGUACAGCAGCCAACAAAAAGGAAGAGGAGGAUUUAGCUAAAGCUAUUGAACUGUCACUAAAAGAACAAAGGCAACAGCAAACAACACUUUCCAGUUUGUAUCCGAGCACCUCAAGCCUUUUAACAAAUCACAAACAUGAGGGCCGAAAGGUUCGUGCAAUCUAUGAUUUUGAGGCUGCUGAAGACAACGAAUUAACUUUUAAAGCUGGAGAACUUAUAACUAUCCUUGAUGACAGUGAUCCAAAUUGGUGGAAAGGUGAAACUCAUCAGGGUAUAGGAUUGUUUCCAUCUAAUUUUGUAACAGCUGAUCUUUCUGCUGAGCCAGAAAUGAUGAAAGUUGAGAAGAAAACAGUGCAGUUCAGUGAUGAAGUUCAAGUAGAGACAAUAGAACCUGAGCCUGAACCAGUUUAUAUUGAUGAAGAUAAAAUGGACCAACUCUUGCAGAUGUUACAAAGUGCGGAUCCAUCUGAUGACCAGCCAGACCUCCCAGAAUUGCUUCAUCUUGAGGCAAUGUGCCACCAGAUGGGACCUCUCAUAGAUGAAAAGUUGGAAGAUAUAGACAGGAAACACUCAGAACUUUCAGAGCUCAAUGUUAAAGCAAUGGAGGCUCUUUCUUUGUAUAACAAAUUGAUGAAUGAAGACCCAAUGUAUUCCAUGUAUGCAAAACUACAAAACCAACAGUAUUAUAUGCAGUCAUCUGGUGUUUCUGGCUCUCAGGUUUAUCCAGGACAACCUCAAAGUAAUGCAUAUUUGGUGGCAGGGAGUGCACAGAUGGGCCAUAUUCAAGGCUAUAAUGUUCCUCCUGAACAACUCUCUUCUCUCAGCCAAGGCACAGUUACUCCAUCUGCCAGCUCAGUACUGCCUGGUCAGCCUGCACAGACGUCUUACACAACUGCAAUGGUUGGCUCUGUUGCUGGAAAUACUUACUCUAACCAGGCUUCAGUGUAUAGUCCACCACCUGCUACUGUUGAUGUUGCUGCUUAUCAGAAUGCUGGAACUAAUAUGUCCCAGGUGCCAAACUAUAACUUAGCAUCUACACCUCUGCCACAAACAGCCGGCAGUCAACAAGCACCUCCACAACAACCACAGCCUCUGCCACCUCAACAACCACAGCAUAGUUACUCACAGAAGGCUCUGCUAUAGGAUCCAGGACUUCUGAUUCCUAAUCUUCUUUAACCUCUGCUAAAGGCAGUUGGCAAUUCUAUGAGUUUCUUCCUUUAAUCUCUUAAACUUUGUUUAUCCUCAGCUUAAUAAGAAUCUAUCUUGGUGAACAAGUUCAAUUUGCACUGACUUUUUAGGAUUUUUUUUUUUUUUUUUUAAUUUUGUGGAGGAACGGAUAUAUUUAGGACAUUUAAUUCCUUUUAAAAUGCCUAAAAAUUGGUACAAGGUUAUUUAUGUCUGGUAAAAUUGGCUAGUCUGUGAAAACUCAACACUUGCAAACUGUUGUGGCAUAUAUGUUAUGUACAUAUAGUGUGUGAUUGCAGUAGUGGCCAUUUCGUAUAGCUAUGGUGAUCAUGUGAAUAUAUUUAACACAAUGUUUAAAAAUAAUUUACUUUACUAUUUUAUUUUAAUCAUGAACUGACAGCCAUGUUUCAUAGUUUUGUCUAGUUUUAUGACAGAUGUGAUGUCUUUUUCCAAUGCAGGAAAAGCAGUAAUUCUGCAUAUCAUGGUUACACUUACAAGCUAAGGUCUAUAUAUGAAUUUACAAACUUAUCUGAGUCUAGGUUUCAUUACUUCUUGAAUUGAACACAAGUGUAUCAUGACUAUUAGAUGGCUUAUCUACCAAAGUAAACUAGUUAACUAGUAAGUCAUUCGGGGGGAUAACAGCAAAUUAUGAUUCUGCUUCAGAUAUAAUUAAUAACUUAAAACUACUACUGAGAGGCUGCUAAACAUAUCAUGGGACCAUACAACAGAUCAGGACCUUGCAUUUUAUCAUGAGAAGCAUGUAAUUUAUUUUUUCCAAGUUGUUUUUUACAAUGAGAACCAGAGCUGUAUUAUUCUAUGUGUGUUGGUAGAGAUUACACCAAAGACAGAGGGAUUAAGUUGGAAGAGAAACGAUGGAGUUUUUAACUGGAACACACAACAUAAAUAACACUACUUUAUUCAAGUCUUCUUAAUUAGAACAUGGAGAAUUAUGGACAUUUAAAUCACUUUGCUGAACAAACCUUCAGGGCUUUAUUUUAUCUCUUGUGGCCUUGCUUAGCAAUUUGUUCUGUUUACUGUUCUUACACAAACACUUCUGCCUUAAACAUCUGUUUCAAUUUCCAGUUGUACAAUUUGAGUUUAGCCCUUCUGUAGUAUGAAUAGUUUAUGAGGCAUCUUAUUUUCAUUCACUUUCAGGUUACUUUGAAUUCUCUUCUGCAGCAAUGUGCAUUAGCUUCUUUUAAACCCUUGCAUUUCUCAGUAACUUAGCCAGGUGGCUCUUUAAGGCAUGAUAUUUUCUUUCUGUAGCUGAGGUGCUGCAAAAGGAAUGCAGUAAUGGAAGGCAGUAUUUUAGAUACGCUUGAUCAUUUUCUUGUACAAAGACUGUUGUUACUUUGCAUUUGUAUUCAAUCUAUUAAUGCAUCCUGGUUUCCUCUUAUCUUUUCCAGUGACUCUAAUUCCUCUUAGAGCAAUCCUAGAUGGCUUCAACAUCAGAUCUGUGUUUUCAGUCUUGUUAGUGUGCAUGUCAGAAAUUGUUUGCUUUUGCGUGCUAUAUUUUAGUGUGAUGCUUCUGGAAUUAAAUGUUGCAAUUGUACAUUGUACUAUAAGCUGACCUCAGUUAUCCCAUACACUCCUGCAACUGUUCACAGUUACCUAACAUGCCUUUGUUUCAGUAUUUUAAUAGACACUGGUAUUUUGCCUGUUAAUGCUUUCAGAUGACUACUUUGCCUAACUUCUAACUGGGGUGGUUACAAAACAUGCCCAUAGAUGAUGUGUUCUAGUUGGGGAUGUUCUAGCCAGCUGGCUGUUUUGAUACUAGUAUUUUCACAUUUUUUUUUUUCUCUAGAAUUCUUAAGCACCCUCACAAACUGUCAUUAUUUCAGUACUUGGUGUUAUCACAAAAGUGUGGAAUUUGAAAGGAAAUACUAAAAAAAAAAAAAAUCAAUUCAAGAUAUUGUGUCAUAGAUCAUUUUAAGAGGUUGAAGAGGUGAUUUUCUUUAGAAAGGGUGUGUAGUAUCAUUUAUAUAGUGUUCUCUGUAUGCUUUAGGUACCUUAUUCCAAAAUCAGAGAAACAAUGUGUAUAGAAGUGUAUAAUUUCUAUACAAAAGUGAAAAUAACUUUUUACUCCAUAGUUCUUAGGCCCUGAAUCAAGGAGAAGCUUGGAGCAUCAAAAUAGUCCAGCUGACAUUGACUAUUUGUAUUCUUAGGUUUUCACAUGUUGUGUCACAUGUUCCCUAAUAAGGGCCUAUGGAACCUCUGUACAGCAAGAAUAUUUUUUAUUACUAAUUUGUCUUUGUUUUUAAAUUUUUUUAAGUCAUCUUUCCUUAACACACAGAAAUGCUUGUUCCUGCUUUCCCCUUUGAACAUUGAAAACUUAUGUGUAUCUUACAUUUUUCUAUUUUCCAAUUUAAUUAUUUUUGGCAUUUAUCCAUCUUUAAAAAAAUUAAAAUCAACUUUCAUUUGUGUUCAUCAUGAUCAAAAACCACUUUCUAAAAUGCAAUGCCACUAUAAAUUCAGUAUAAUAAAAGCUGUGAAAAAAAGAUGGACAGUUUUUGUUUUCCUUCAUGCCUUUUAUUAGAGACACUGCUCUAAGGUAUCUCCUGUAACAAAUUAUGAAUUUUAGUUGACUUAGAAUCAGUUUUCAUUGUCCACAGUUGGUGCAGUAGAUCAUUAGAUUUUUAGGUUCAGAGCCUUAGCGUUUCUGUUGCAUCCUAUGUUUUCCAUUUCAGAUUAAAUUGAAUUUGGAGCUGUAUUACUUGAUGUUGAUUUUUCUCAUUUAUCAGAAAAGAUUUUGUCUUCUCGCUUGGUUGUGUCCCAUGUGCUAGAUACUCUAAAGUGAUGCCUCCUCCUACCUUGCUAGAUGCUGUCAUUGCACUAAUGUCUUCACUCGUCCUCUUGUAUCCUCUCUAACUGAUAAUUUAGCAAUUAUAUUUCAAUUCCUGUCCUCUCUGCUGGUUGGAUAUCACGAACCUGGAGAUGCCAUUGCUGGUGCUUCUCUGCUGUGAUUUAUUCUGAGAUUCCUCGUUUGUGCAUUGUGUUGACCAAGUUCACGUAUGUUCUGUCUUACUAUGGUAUUGAACACUGAAAUAUGGGUGAGAGGGGGAAAGUACAUGUACAGCUACUGUAUGGAAAAGCUUUUUAGCAAAUCAAUAAAGUGUCAGAAAGUUAAUCUCUUUGAAAGUUAAGAAUCCCUGGAAAUGAUAUGUUAUUCACAUUCCAGUAGAAGACCUGAUUUUUGAAUGUCUUGUUUCUUUGUAUGUAAAUUGUCAAUGAAAGGCUAAAAUGUUUUCAUAAUAUUUUAUAUAACCCUUUGUUAUGUAACCCUUUCAUUAAGGAAUACAAAAAUGUUAAUUAACUUCAGAAAGGGUAUUUUAGUGGCUUGGUUAUCAUGAACUGGAGCAAACUCUGGAAAGUGCCUUCUGUGCAUUUCACUUCUAUAAACAAAGCUUGUUUACCCAUGUGUAUCAUCUCAAUUUAUGUGGGCGUAACAAAGAUGUCAAGAUUUACUGUAAAGCAUCCCAGGAAAAAUACUGAGGCAGCAUGUCAAAAUUUGCUACACCAAUGUCAUGGCAGUGUGUUCCAGAGUGUGCGGUUGCAGGAACAGUUGCAACAUAUUUACCCACCUCUGUUUAGUAACUGGUACCCAUGUAUUUAACGUCACUGGCCAAAGUACAUAUAGACAGCAAUAAGACAACAGUAGAAAGGAACAAAAUACAAGAAUUACUGCAUGCUUCUCAACAGGUGUGGAGCAGCAUAUUGCCCUCAUGGUACAGUUACUAUUCAUUCAUUUUAAAGAGGAGGGGACUGAAAUGAAUUUAAGUAACCAGAACUUCAGAGAAUUCUGCCAGCUUGCAAAUGCUUAGAUGUAACAAAGGAGAUAAAUUUGCUUUUAAUAGCUUGUACAUAUUUUGCUGAUCAAAUCUAGGCUGCUGUUAUAGUUCUCUGAUUUCAUCUAGAUGGCAGGAACAUCAGAUUUAGACUGGAGAACUGCUUAAUACCUCAUUCUCCAAUUUUUUUAGUAUUUUCUCUAAUAUCACUUACUUUAUUUUUCACUCAUAUUUCAAAGAUAUCUGUGCAGUCUUUACAAGUAAAGGUCUUACCUUAUUCCUUGUCUGCUGGAUUUCACAGACAGAAUGAAAAAGAACAUCUCUAAUUACAGCAGCUACAAUGGCACUUUGAAUUACACAACUGCAGCUUCCUUUGGAGAAGAUGCAUGUAUCUGUUUUGAAGAACAAGGGAGCAUAAUUUUUCCAGUUAAAAACUGAGAGGAGAUUUUUUUUUAAAGAAAAGGGUAAAGUAAAAGUUACAAAAACCUCCGUUGCUAACAGCGGGCAGAAUCAUUUUUUACUCUGUUAUUCAAUGUUAGUAAAGCUGACCAACUCCACACUACAGCUAGCCCUUUUUCAUUUUCAGCUGCAAUGAAGAGGAUUAACCUUCAUGUAUAUACUAUCCAACACCAUAGUAGAACAUGGCAAGGCCUUGACAUUUGAACUUUUUGCUUCAAUAUGUAAAAAACACUAUGUAUGUUUUUGAAUCCUUGUUUCUUAAAUUAGGAUGUUUGUGUUUAAAAACAUUCCAUUUGCUACUAUGUAAAAUUGCAGAUCUGAAGUUCACUUUUCAUGCUGCUACCUUAGCAGAAAGGUGGUAGGAGUUUCUGUUCUUCUAUCCUGCAUGUGCUUCUGGAAAUCCAAAUACUUUUUGUCUUUGUCAUGAAAAAGAAAAGCCUGCUGCAGUCUGCUUUGUUUUUAAUAAAGCGUACACUGUAGCAAAGUGUAUUUUUGGUUUUGUUUGUUUUGAUGCUCCCUUUGAUGUUGGCAUAUGUAUAUAUUUAGAUAUACUGCACUGUUGUACAAGAAUUGUUUUAGUAAAUAACACUAUUUGUAAAAACUGUUAAUUGUUUUUGGUAUGAAUGCAAAAUAUUAAAGUUGGAGUAUUUAGUUCA